GCUAGCCAUGCGAUUGGGUAAAUUUUUUCUAGCCUAGCUAUUUUCUUCAGUACGGAAAGUUCUCUCUGAUCUCUCUCUCCCUCCCUCUCCCCUUUAAUUGGCAUGCGUGCAUUAUGAACUUCUGGGUUUUGGCAAAUUGACGUCCGGUUUUGCAGAAAUCACCCAGAAGAAAUGGAGAAGAACAAGGAAGAACUUGAUGGUAGAAGCUUAAUAGACAAGGUGUUCUCUUGGUCUCUUGAGGAUGUUCUCAAUAAAGACCUUUUCAAAAAUCAGGUUAAAAAGAUCCCAAAAACAUUCUCGUCAGUGGCAGAUUACAACAAGUCAUUCGUUCCUUCAUUAAUUGAGGAAACACAUGCUGAUUUGUUUUCCAACAUAAUAGCGCUGUCUCAAGCACACACUUGUGAAAUAGAAUAUGUUGAAACAUCUAAAACAUUUAAACCUCCCAAAGACUUGUUUUAUAAAAUAAAAUUAGAGAGCAUUAAAGAUUCUGAGUUGGAGAGCGCGAAAGAUACUGAGAAAAAUGAAGGAAAAUAUGAACCCGAGUCUGGUGAUAUUAUUGCCUUAACAUAUGUUAGACCAAAAUGCAUUGAUGAUUUGAAAAGGCCCAAAAGAUUCUAUCUUAUAGCUUAUGUUCUUCGGCCAAGAGACUUAGAGACAGAGUCUAGUACGGUAUCGAUACUGGCAUCAAAGCCCCUUUUAACUGAUGAGGAAUACACGCACAAUUACAAGAAGGGAACACUUUUUGCAGUUUAUCUUAUGAACAUGACUACAAAUGUUCGUAUAUGGAAAGCACUGAACCCAGAUCCGGAAGGGGGGAACACAAACAUUAUUAAAACAGUACUGCAAGCCAAUUCAGCUGGUGAUAAAAAUUGUUUGACUUGCUUUUCUAAAGGAAAAAACAGUCUUGCCCCUUCUAAUCUACAGGACAUGAUCAGCUCUUCUAAUCUAAAUGGCUCUCAAGGAGAUGCGGUUUUAAGCUGCAUUGGUAUGAGAGGCUGCAAUCAUCAGAAUCCUGUCAAACUGAUAUGGGGCCCUCCAGGGACCGGGAAAACAAAGACCGUUGGUGUCUUAUUACAUGCCCUCCUUCAAAUGAAGGGAAGAACAUUAACAUGUGCUCCAACUAACAUUGCGGUUUUGGGAGUUACAACACGGCUGCUGGGGUUGGUCAGGAAGUCGUUAGAGUAUGACACAUACGGGCUUGGAGAUAUAGUUUUAUUCGGGAAUGGUAAGCGAAUGAAGAUUUAUGAUCGUUUUAAUCCAAAUAAAAGAAUGAUUUUUGGUGAACAUAAAGAUCUUCUUGAUGUAUUUCUCGACUAUCGUGUUGAUGUGCUUGUGAAGUGCUUUGCUUCUUUCUCUGGCUGGAGAAAUCGCUUAGAAUCAAUGGUUUCUUUGCUUGAUGACCCGGAAUUGCAGUACGAAAUAUAUUUGAAAAAAAAACGAGAAGAUGAAAAAAGAAAGGAGGAAAAAAGAAAGGAAGAAAAAAGGAAGCAAGACAAAAGAGAGGAAAAAAGAAAGGAGGACAAAAGAAAGGAGGAAAAAAGAAAGGACGAAGAUGAUGAUCCUUUGACAUUUGAGAUGUUUUUAAAGAAGACUUUCUGUUCAAUUCAUGAGCAACUGAAGUUUUGUAUGAUUAAUUUGUAUACACACUUACCAACUUCUCUAAUACCGUUAGAGGUAGUGAAGAAAAUGAUUAGAGCUUUGGAUCUGCUUAAAUCUCUUGAAACUGCAGUGUCGCAAGGUGUCGGUGUGGGUCAAUUUACAAAGUCGAGUUUGAGAGAAGAGUGCCUUCAUAUACUGAGACAUCUGGCGUCAUCUUUGACAUCCUCUGUUCCAAAUUUAACUGAUAAUUAUUUAAUAAAAAAAUUUUGCUUGGCAAAUGCAAGCCUAGUGUUUUGCACUGUUUCAAGUUCUGCUAAAUUACACCGUAUUGAAGGAAGGAAACCAUUGGAAUUUUUGGUUAUUGAUGAAGCUGCUCAGCUUAAAGAAUGUGAAACAGCUAUUCCUUUCCAGCUAUCUGGCGUCCGCCAUGCUAUUCUCAUAGGGGAUGAGAGGCAGCUCCCUCCUCUAGUUAAAAGCAAGAUAUCCGAGAAGGCUGAAUUUGGAAGAAGUUUGUUCGAAAGAUUAGUCAUGUUGGGGCAUAAGAAGCACCUUCUUGAUGUCCAGUACAGGAUGCAUCCAUCCAUCAGCUUAUUUCCAAACAGGGUGUUCUAUGGAAAACGGAUUUCAGAUGGUCCAAAUGUUAAAGGAAGAGACUACGAGAAGCGUUUCCUUCAGGGCAACAUGUACAGCUCCUACUCUUUUAUAAGUGUAGUUCAUGGAAAGGAGGAAUUUGGUCCCGGGCACAGUCCCAAGAAUAUGGUUGAGGCUGCUGUGGUCUCUGAGAUAGUUGACAAUCUUUUUAAACAAUUCCUUAACACAAAGAAGAAUGUUAGUAUAGGAGUGAUAUCACCGUAUAAGGCUCAAGUUUCUGCAAUUGAAGAGAGGGUCAGAAAAUACAGCAAGUCUGGUAGUGGCUUCAGUGUGAGUGUUCGUUCUGUUGAUGGGUUCCAAGGAGGUGAGGAUGAUGUAAUAAUUAUCUCUACUGUAAGAUGUAAUGGGAAUGGAUCAGUAGGUUUCCUUUCCAACCAACAAAGAGUAAAUGUGGCACUGACUCGAGCAAGGUAUUGCCUUUGGAUUUUGGGGGAUGGGCUGACUCUGCAAAAGAGUGACUCUGUUUGGAAGAAACUAGUUCUUGAUGCCAAGGAACGUGGGUGUUUCUAUGAGGCCAAUGAGGACAAGAGAUUGGCUCAAGCAAUUACUGCUGCCUUGGUGGAGCUUGGAGAGCUUGAUAUUUUACUCAAUAAAGACUCUCUACUUUUCAAAGAGGCUAAAUGGAAGGUUUUCUUCAACAAUGAUUUCCAGAAUUCUAUAGCGAGGACUAGCAAUGUAGAGACUCGUAAGAAAGUGCUUUCUCUUUUGGCAACGCUUUCAAGUGGCUGGCGUUGGCCCCAUGGGACUAGUUCUCAACUUUUAGAGACGUACAAGGUCGAUGGGCAGCUGAAUCUGGUUUGGACUGUUGAUAUUCUCAAGGAGGAUUCAUAUCACAUUCAGGUUAUGAAGGUUUGGGAUGUUGCGCCAUUAUCUGAUAUAAAAAAACUAGCAAAGGAUCUUGACAUGGUAUUUGGGAGCUAUACAGCGGAAAAGUUGCAUCGGUGCAAACAAAGACGUGUUGAGGGGGGCUUAGUUGUUCCAAUGAGAUGGCCGGUGAACUCAAGUAGUUGUCCAGAACCUGAUAGUGUGCGGCACCUCACAAAACCGCUAUCCUCACUCAGUCUGAGGGAUGAGCCAGAUACAUCAACUGCAACUCCUAGGAGCUUAGUUGUUCCAAUAAGACCGGCAAUGGGCUUAAGAAGUUGUCCAGAACCUGAUAGUGUACGACACCUCACAAAACCACUAUCCUCACUCAGUCUGAGGGAUAAGCCAGAAACAUCAACUGUAACUCCUAGGAGCUUAGUUGUUCCAAUAAGACUGGCAGUGGGCUUAAGAAGCUGUCCAGAACCUGAUAGUGUACGGCACCUCACAAAACCACUAUCCUCACUCAGUCUGAGGGAUAAGCCAGAAACAUCAACUGCAACUCCUAGGAGCUUAGUUGUUCCAAUAAGACCAGCAGUGGGCUUAAGAAGUUGUCCAGAACCUGAUAGUGUACGGAACCUCACAAAACCACUAUCCUCACACAGUCUGAGGGAUAAGCCAGAAACAUCAACUGCAACUCCUAGGAGCUUAGUUGUUCCAAUGAGAUGGCCAGUGGACCCAAGAAAUUGUCUUGAAUCUGAUAGUGUCACUAGUGUGGGCAACCUCUCAAAGCCGUUUCACUCACUCGGUCUGAGGGAUGAGGGCCAUGAGGCAGAUGUUAUGGCGUCGCAUGGUUUGGAGAGCAAGAGAGAUACAAGAGCCAGCUCAUGCAGUAUGGAAACCUCAACUGAAGCUCAAAUGCCGAGUGUUGCAGAUAACUCAUCCUUUAUCUCCAAGUGCUCGAUUAUGUAGUUCAACUACUUAGGUGCUACUUUGAUUUCUUAUCCAAAGUUGUAACACCCCAAUUCGAGAACGGGCACAUAAUACAUAUAUUUUUAUAUAUAACAUUUACAUAAAUAUAUGCAUUUAAGAAUU